AUGGCCGAAGUUGCUGCUCUCCGCCGCCAGCUCAAGAUCAAGAACGGUGUUUGCAAACGGCUAUGGAAGGAGCACAAGUCGUAUCAGACUGAGGAGGUGCAGCAGAGGAUCAAGGUCGACAAGUUCAAGGCCGUAGGCGCGGAGGACUGGGAUAUCAAAAAUGGGACUCGCAUGCUGGAGGAGUCCCAGAAGAUGGUCAAAGACACCGCGAAUCGCCUCGGAGUCGCGCUACAGGAGCUGAGGGAGCUUAUUGUCACCGCAGAGAAAAUACCAGACAUGGGAAACAGCGAGGAGCUGGUGCAAGCCCAAGCGAUCUUCGAAGAAGUCAGCACGUAG